CAACCGGACACAAGUGGUUGAGGUGCAACGUUUUAGUAAGAGAAGAAAACGUGUUGCUCUGUGCUUCCAGAGGAAUGGAUACAACAGACAGCCCAACAACUCAGCACCGGAAGGCCAAGAAGAUGUUUGGCUUGAAAGUAAAGAAAAAGAAGAAAGUCAAAACAGAUGUGGUCCUCGAAAACAAAGGAGCUUUGGAGAGCGUGGUGGAGAAGCCUCCUGAAGAAUCUCCACUUCCUGAAGAACAGCCAGAGAUCUCUGCAGUCAGAACCAGAAUAAUAGCAAACACCAAGAGGUCCAAACUUGCAACUCGUAUCCAGGACCUUGAAGAGAAACCACAGAGCUUCCAGAUUGCAAUCAACAUCACAGAGGCCAGGCAACUUGUAGGCGACAACAUUGACCCCAGCGUGAUCAUCGAGAUUGGAGAUGAGAAGAAACAGACAUCUGUCAAAGAAGGAACCAAUGCACCAUUUUUCAAUGAAUAUUUCGUGUUUGACUUCUUUGGCCACAAAGAGAUUUUCUUGGACAAAGUCAUCAAGCUGUCGGUGAUGCAUUCUAAGAUGUUGAGGAGUUUCUGUGUUGGCUCCUUUAAGCUGGACGUGUGGACAGUUUAUAAACAGACAGGUCACCACUUCAUCAACAAAUGGGCAAUGCUGACAAAUCCUGGUGACCCCAGCACAGGGGUCAAAGGCUAUGUGAAGUGUGACAUCAGUGUUUCAGCAAAGGGGGAUGCUGUACGACCAGGACCUAAGGCCAGUGAUGCAGAGGAGCAGAUAGACAAGAAUCUACUUAUUCCAGAGGGUUUUCCAUCAGAGAGACCCUGGGCUCGGUUCUGUGUGAAGGUGUAUCGAGCUCAAGGCCUUCCCCGAAACAAUUCCAGCAUCAUGGCUAAUGUCACCAAGGCCUUUGUAGGGGACAACACAGCACUCAUUGACCCAUAUGUGGUGGUCAGCUUUUUCAAGCAAGUGGGACGAACAUCCACUCAGAAGUCCACAGCAGACCCAGUGUGGAAUGAACAGAUCGUCUUCACAGAGAUGUUUCCUCCUCUGUGUCAGAGAGUGAAGGUCCAGGUCUGGGAUGAGGGAAGUAUGAAUGACGUUGCCAUAGGAACUCAUUAUUUUGACCUGAGACGAAUCUCCAAUGAGCAGGACGGUGACAGAGGGUUUUUACCAACCUUUGGUCCUGCCUGGAUCAACUUGUACGGCUCUGCCCGAAAUUUUUCGUUGGGUGACGACAUGGGGGAGCUCAAUGAGGGCAUCGGAGAAGGUGUCUCCUACAGAGGGCGGAUCUACAUGGAGGUGUCAGUGGAGUUCCUGUCAGGAGGGGCACGAUCAGAGUCUAAACUCAGUCGACUUGUGAAGCCUGUGAAGGACAGCAAAACAGGAAAACCUGUAGGGAAGGAUAUCAAGCCUCCUGCAGGAGGACCAGUGGGAGGAGUAGCAGGAGGUGCUACUGAGGAGGACAAAGGCAAAGCUGUGGCACCAGAGGUCCUUCCUGUGGAAUCUCCUUCUGCAAUUGAUGACGAUAACAAGGAGAGUUUACUGCUGUUUGGGGCAUUGUUUGAAGCCACCAUGAUUGACAGGAAGAUCGGAGACAAGCCAAUCAGCUUUGAGUUUUCCCUUGGGAACUAUGGUAAUGUUUUGGAGUCAGGUUCUCCCGCCACCAGCAGCAGCAGCAGCAGCACUAGUCCUGCUAUGAGCCGGAGGAGAGCCAAACCACUGGAUGUUGCAGACAAUACUGACCCUUUCGGCUCCUCCCCUUAUAGUGCCUCCACUUGCUCCUCUACUUCGCCCCUCUUACCCAGAGAACCUCAGGACAUCACCACUAGCUCCAAGUCCACCACACCUCCAGCUAAACCACUCAUCAUUGAAGGAAACAGGCACUACAUGUAUCUGAGCCUGGAGAAGCAGAAGCCAUGUGUUCAUGUCUUGUCUCACUGGGAGGACAGAAAAUACCGAAUGUGCAACUCUAACAUGCUGGAAAACAUAGCUGUUCUCUUUGAGGAGGGUGUGAACCAUGCAGCUGAACUCAACAAAAGGUCAGACCCACAGGCAGAAAAUGUGCUCAGAAAAGUCAUUAAAGAGUUCUGUAUGGAUGCCAGGAGCUUUAUAGCCAUUGCAGAGGGCAAACUGAAGGUGGCACUAAAGUCAUCUAGCCUGACAUUGUUGGACAAGAAGCGUCUGACCAUGUGUAAAGAGGAGCUGGAGAUCAUGAUUGAAGCUGUGCAUUCUGUCACUCAGAGAAAAAGGACAGGAGGUGGCAUGAAAGUAAUGCUCCAGGAAGCAACAAAACUCACACACAAACUGCACUUCCUUGUGGAGGAGCCUCAGCACACAGUACCAGAUGUCUUUGUGUGGUUGCUAAGCAACAGCAAGCGUGUUGCAUAUGCCCGGGUCCGAGCCCGGGACCUGCUGUUCUCCAGCAGUCAGGAGGCGAGAGGAAUCCACUGUGGCAAGAUAAUCACACUGUAUCUGAAGCCUCCAGGGAAGCGUGUUGCAGACUUGUCUGUUCAAGGGAAGAUUGACGUCUAUCUGUGGUUUGGUGCUUGUUCAGACUCCAGCCACAUGCUGGAUGAUCUACCUGAAGGCUUCAGCCCAGCCACAGGGGGCACUGGUGAUGCCAGCAGCCCUCCCACACACCUGAUGUGUACAGGGCCACAUGACUUCCAGCUGAGGUGUCACAUGUAUCAGGCACGUGGACUGAUCGCUGCUGAUGCCUCAGGACUGUCUGACCCUUUCACCAGAGUCACCUUCCUGUCACACAGCCAAACCUCUAAAGUAAUCAGUCAGACUCUCAGUCCUACGUGGAAUCAGUGUUUGGUGAUGGGCCCCCUAAUGCUUGGUGGAGACCUGCAACACAUCCAGCAGGAGCCGCCAUCCAUCAUCAUUGAGGUGUAUGACGAUGACGCAGUGGGUAAGGCAGAGUAUCUUGGAGCAACAGUGGCAUUGCCAGAGGUUUGGCUGAUCUCUGACCUCUACACACCUCCAACACUGAAAUACAGCCCUUUGUACUGUGGCAGCCAGGCAGGAGGAGACCUACUGGCCACCUUUGAACUACUGCAGAUCCCCAAAUCACUGGAGCAGACUCUUCCUGAGUUAGAGGAACAAGAAAGAGGCAUCUAUACAGUUCCUGCCAACAUCAGACCAGUUCUUUGCACCUACAGACUGGAGGUGCUGUUCUGGGGUCUGAGAGAACUGAAGAAAGUUCAGCUCUUGUCUGUGGAUCGCCCACAGGUCUUCAUUGAAUGUGCUGGUAAGACAUUGCGUUCCUCUGUCAUUCAGAAGUACAAGUCUAAUCCAAACUUCAGCGUGCUGGUUGAUGUCAUGGACCUGGAGUUACCAGAAAAGGAGUACCUCCAUCCUCCUCUCAAUAUCACAGUUGUUGAUUGGCGGGCCUUUGGACGUAGCACGCUGGUUGGAAACCACAUCAUCAACAACCUCAAAGCCUUCAAUUAUACGCCGCCCCCUGUCCUACCUGCUCCUGUACAGACCCAAAUACCACCCAAAAUCCCACACGACCCUCAGCCCUCAACCUCAGCUGAACUGCUGGGCAGUGGUGAUCUUCUUAAGCAUACAGAAGAGAGCAGCUCCACUGCAGCACCUACAAAUCAGGAUGUCCUGAUCACUGUGGUAGAGGAAGCCCCACCUCUUGCACCUCCCACUCCAAAGACAGAACUACAGAAAAAGGACAGCAAGAAAAGGACUGCACGACGUUCCACGAAACAGAGAAAAAGAACUAUAGCUGAUGAGUCAGCAGAGAACGUCAUUGACUGGUGGUCCAAAUACUACGCAUCUGUCGAGAAAAUCCAGCAGGUCAAACAGAAGGAGGCAUCAGCAUUCCCCCAGGUGUUCGAAAAGGACAGUGUCACCAACCAGUUGAACAGAGAGAAGAAACACAAAGAUAAAGGAAGCCAAGAGCAAAGCCUGGCUCUCCCAACUAAGCUCGCCACACUUCAGCUGUACACCAAGGAACUGGAGACAGAGUUUGGGCCUUUUGAAGACUGGGUGAACACAUUUGAGCUAUACAGAGGCAAAGCCACAGAGGAAGAUGAUACAAAUGAAGAGAGGUUCGUGGGCAAGUUUAAGGGCCGUUUCUCCUUGUAUAAACUGACUGAGGAUGAGGCGUUAGAUGAAGACUGGGAUGAAGACCAAGAUGCUGCGCACUUCAGGGUCAGCAGAGGAAUCCCUGAUAACAACCCAGUCCAAGUUCUCAUUCGGGUUUACAUUGUAUCGGCAUCAAAUCUGCACCCAGCUGAUCCAGAUGGAAAGGCGGAUCCAUACAUAGUCAUUUCUCUGGGCAAUAACGAAAUAAAAGACAGGGACAACUACAUUGCUAAGCAGCUGAACCCUGUGUUUGGAAGGUCUUUUGAGAUCCAAGCAAAAUUUCCUCAGGAGUCUCUGCUUUCAGUGCUCAUCUAUGACUAUGACAUGGUUGGAGGGGACGACCUUAUCGGAGAGACUCGCAUUGACCUGGAGAACAGGUUCUACAGCCGACACAGAGCCACCUGUGGAAUCCCUGUUGAGUACAGCAUUUGUGGCUAUAAUGCUUGGAGAGACAGUUUAAAACCCUCAGAGAUUUUGACCAAGCUUUGCAAAGAAAAUGGGGUGGAUGGCCCUCAUUUCAAACCAGGACACAUCACUGUUGCUGAUAAAGUCUUCACUGGCAAGACACUUUUCAUGCAUGAUGAUACAGACGAACCAGUCGAAUCCUACGAACACUUAUCUCUGAAGAUCUUGCACCGCUGGGCGGAGAUCCCGGUUGUUGGAUGCAGACUGGUACCAGAGCACAUUGAGACCAGGACUCUGUUCAACAAGGCCCGGCCUGGCAUGGACCAGGGUCAGGUCCAAAUGUGGGUGGAUAUGUUUCCGAUGGACAUGCCGCAUCCAGGACCUGCAGUGAACAUUUCACCACGAAAACCCAAAGGGUAUGAGCUGCGUAUCAUCAUCUGGAACACAGAGGAUGUCAUUCUGGAGGACACGAACUUCCUGACUGGUCAACAGUCCAGUGAUAUCUACGUUAAAGGCUGGUUGAAGGGUUUAGAAGAUGACCGGCAGGAGACAGAUGUCCACCACAACUCCCUGACAGGAGAAGGAAACUUUAACUGGCGUUUUGUCUUCCCCUUCAGCUACCUGCCGGCUGAGAAGGUAGUCGUAAUGAGAAAGAGAGAAAGUAUUUUCUCUCUGGAUAAAACAGAGCAGAAGCUUCCUGCCAUCCUGGUUCUUCAGGUCUGGGACUUUGAGACACUCUCAUCUGACGACUUCUUAGGUACGGUGGAGUUAAACCUCCACAGUUUUCCUCGAGGAACCAAGUCAGCCAAGUCAUGCAAAGCCAGCAUGUUGACAGAUUCAGCUGAAAAAAUUUCCAUCUUCCAGCAGAAAAGAGCCAGAGGGUGGUGGCCCUUCAUCAAGGCCGGAGAGCUCACAGGUAAAGUGGAGGCAGAGUUUCAUCUGGUAACAGCAGAGGAGGCUGAGAAGAAUCCUGUUGGUCGAGCCCGUAAAGAGCCGGAACCACUGGAAAAACCAAAUCGUCCCGACACCUCCUUCUCAUGGUUUGUUAAUCCAUUCAAGUGUUUCUUCCAUCUGAUUUGGAAAAACUACAAGAAGUACAUCAUCAUCGCUCUGCUGUUGCUCCUCACUGUGUUGUUCCUCGCCAUUCUGUUCUACACACUGCCGGGAGCCAUAUCUCAGAAGAUAGUCAACGGCUAGGAGAGACACGCAACUUAUUAUUGGGAUUGUGGUGGCAGAAGACCAAGUAGCUCAUCCCACACUUCCAUAUCCUUGGCCAAGUCCUCGGACCUUUCCUGGGGAUCCCAAGGCAUUCAUUUUAAUUCACUACAGUAGACAAAAUGAUUGUCAAUUUCUCUUUCGUACUCUGUGAUUAAUGUGCAUUUUCUUCAAACAUUGUAAUGGGCUGUUAACUGCAAUUGCUAGGAAAAACGACCCAGGUUGGGUAGGAUUACAUUGAAAUGUAAUC